GCCGGAUCAGGGUCGGCACCCCCUCGAGACCAAAGGCCCUGAGUCCCCUUCCCAGGUGAUGCUGGGGUAACCAUGGCUACCCUCUUCAGUAACAGUGGGGCCGAGGUGAUCCAGAGGGCCCUGCCUGCCAAGGAGUCGAGUGGCAGGACCCCGACUGAGGCCCUCAAUGAGUUCUACGAGCUGGAGCGAGCUGCGGCCUUCGUCAUAGCGAGCAAGUUUCAACGGGUUGCCCUGCAGUUCCCCGACGAGCUCCUGGUCGAUUCAGCCGCCGUCGCAGCUAAGAUGGAGGAGGCGACCGGCAGCAAAAUGUACAUACUGGGGGACACGUCGUAUGGCAGCUGCUGCGUGGACGAGGUGGCUGCGGAGCACGUGGGGGCAGAGGCCGUGGUGCACUACGGCCCCGCGUGUCUCAGCCCCUGCAGGAAGUUGCCAGUGCUACAUGUGUUUGGCUGGCAGCCCCUGGACACAGAGCGCUGUGCGGUGGCCUUCCGGGAGCUCUACCCUGACCCCCAGAGCCACGUGGUAGUGCUGAGUGACGUGGUCUACGCCCACGCGCUAGGUGAGCUGGAGCAGCUGCUGGGCCCCGAGUACCCCCACAUCGUCUUCUCCCGCCUGGCGAGUGACGGGGCACCCGACUGCCCACAGGGCCCGGGGCUGGUGCGGCAGUUCGGGCGCUACUUUGCUGUGGCAGCGCAGCGCGAGCUGCAGGACCACGCCGUGUUCUAUGUGGGCGCCGAGGGCCUGACCCUCACCAACUUCAUGCUGAGCUGGAACCGCUGCCCUUUCAGCUCCUUCGACCCAGUCACAGGCUGCGGGCGGCACGAGAGCCUCGACGCCAACCGGUCGCUGCUGCGGCGCCUCUACCUGGUGGAGCGGGCCCGGGACGCCCGUGUGGUUGGCAUCCUGGUGGGCACGCUGGGCGUGGCCGGCUACCUCUCUAUCCUGGAGCACUUGCGGGACAUCCUGCAUCGGGCUGGCAAGCGCAGCUACACACUGGCCAUGGGCAAGCUGAGCCCUGCCAAGCUGGCCAACUUCCUGGAGGUGGACAUAUUCGUGCUGGUGGCUUGUCCCCAGAACUCCCUGCUGGACUCCAGGGACUUCUACCGGCCCGUGGUGACACCCUACGAGCUGGAGCUGGCCUGUAACCCAGCCCGGGAGUGGAGCAGCCUCUACGUCACUGACUUCAGAGACCUGCUGCCAGGUGGCUGUGCCACGAUCGACUUCGCCAGGGACCCGGGUUCCAGGGACGCCGAUCGCUUCCCCGCACCUUCCUUCCUGGAGUCGCGCAGUUGGCGGGGCUUGGAGCAGCAGCUGGGCCAGACGCCCGUGACAAAGGCUGUGCCGGGCCGGAGGGGGAUUGCGAUCGCCUACGAGGACGAGGCUUCUGGGUGA